GAGCCUUGGUAUCCCCGGCGAUGAGGGCGCAUUAAUAAUGCAAGAUACGAGGAUGACGUCUUGGGAGAUCUUGGUAUACCUAAUGCGGGGUUGACAUUUCCCGCACCUCCACAAUCACCUCUUGCGGGGGCCAUCGCUCAGGUCAUCAGGUGUAUGUGCUUUAGCUACUCCAAUCCCCGAAUUUGAAUAUGUUUGUCCAUUCGGAGAAUGUCCAUCAAGCACUUCGUGGCUUCGGACGUCCGCCGGCAUCGUCCGACAAAGUGCCACCACAAUAGACACGCUCAUGAUCGAUUAAAGUAGCAACUAAAGACCUUCAUCUCGCACCACAGACCAUUUAUUAUUCAAUCAAAAUGAGUUUUAAUGCGAAUACCUACCCUUCUUUCGACUUACUCCCCGUGGAUAAGAAUGGUCCUCACGGGAAUGCAUGGGGACUUUGGGGCCCUGAUGAUAAUCUGGGAACACUGAAUCUACUGACAGACGAGGUUAUCCAGAAAUCUGCAGCCGAGAAUAUUAGGACUGGGACGACGGUAUCACUCAAUUGGUCUAUGACCGCCGCCUCGAACCCGAAGUUCGCUCGCAAGCUUCUAGAUCUGCGCUUGAUAAACAAGGCGCCACUAAAACACGCGCAUGAUGAUGAGUGGGCAUUCAACUCUCAAUGCAGUUCCCAAUGGGACGGAUUCCGCCAUUAUGCGUAUCAGAAAGAGGGUUUGUACUACAUGGGCCGCACAGCCGAGGACUUCGCGGCAUCUGACGCCCCUAAUGGAAUCCAACACGUCUCGAGGAAGGGUAUUGCGGGCCGUGCAAUCCUCAUCGACUGGUAUAGCUGGGCACUAAGCCAAAACAUGUCUGUAGACGCCAUGUCUGCGCAUGAAAUCCCCUUCUCGGAACUCCUCGCGACCCUUGCGUACCAGAAAAUCGACCCAUCAACCUUCAGACGAGGUGAUAUUCUAGUUAUAAGAACAGGGUAUUUAGCCCAGUAUGCUGAAAUGCCAGCGUACAAACGCGAGCAUCUAAACGGGCUCUACAAGACUCGGAAGCCUGAGAACAUCGGGCUUAAGCCGUCUGAGGAGCUACUACGGUUCCUAUGGGAUACCCAAAUUGCUGCCAUUUGUGGCGAUUCUCGCUCCUUAGAGGUUUGGCCAUGCACCGAGGAGAAAUGGCAUAUGCAUGAGUGGCUGCUUGCUGGGUGGGGGAUGCCAAUUGGGGAGCUAUUUGAUUUGGAGGAGCUGGUAGGGGCUUGUAGGAGGCUUGAGCGGUAUACCUUCUUCCUAUCCAGCUCACCAAUGAAUGUUCCCGGCGCCGUUGCCAGUCCUCCGAACGCGCUGGCAUUUUUCUAGACAGGAUAACAAGAGCCCCGUUGGGUCGAGAUAGGCUUAACUUCACUCAGAAAAGAAUUGGAGACAUAUCAUUAGCUUAAGAGGAAACCAUUUUCUUUGGACAUCCGAACGUUGGAGGGUGGAAAUCCCCAAACUUAGCUCAACUCUUAUCAUGUUGUCCGGAG